AGGUAUACACUCUGUGCACCCUAUCGAUACUGCUACACACAAAUCGAAAAGUUUACAGUUACAGAGGUCGUGACGAUACUCGGAAAUACCAAUCCACGGAUACAUACGACUAGCACACAACACUCAAUUUGCAAAAAAAAACAAAAUGUCCAGUGCCAAGGCAGCGGCCGAACAGAACGUUGCUGCGUUGAAGUACCAGCUUAACAUCGAGAGAAUACCAGCAUCAAAGUCCAUAAAAGAAUUGGUGCAAUACAUUCAAGACAACGAACCGACCGACCCGUUUCUGCACCCAGUCGACAAAAAGGAGAAUCCAUGGGCCGAUAGAGGGAAAUGCAGUAUUCUAUGACCCGACCACUGGCUGUGUGCGAUACAUUGGUAUAUCUCACAGACUACGUUGAAGAGAUUUUUUGAAAUGCUAACUUUUACGAAUUGACCUAAAACGAGAAGGUGUUGGUGUGAACUAGCCAAAAAAAAAAAUCAUCAGUAGUAAUACUUCUGUCUCUCAAAUGAGCAGGUUUUGGCUCAUAUAACAGUAGAUGCUAGUUUACAAUACGGACGAUGUGGUAGUGCCCGUAAAAUAGUAGAAAUACAAUGGAGCCACGUCCAAUAACAACUGAACAAUUUAUCUUCAGGUUCAACAUAGCCUUACACAAAAACGUAGUAUUCAGUACACAUUUUUUAAAAAUUUAAUAGUUUUUAAUUUAAACAUGAAUAAUUUCUAAUGUUAUCCAAAUUAUGUUAUACUUUAAUAUUCGCCAAUACGGUUUAUGUGAAAUUAUUAUGGAAUAAAAAAUAAAUGAGCAAAUAAUAAUCA